AUGGCAUACAGGAAGGUGUGUGACGCCCAGGGUGGCCCAUUGGUCGGUGAGGUCCUGCACUGCUCUGGAGCUAUGGAUCUUGACUGGGACCUGGACAAGGAAGAGCUACAAGAACCAGGACCCAGCAUGGACCGCAUGCAGAUGCAACAUGUAGACUGCCAGAGAUCAGGGUGUUCAGACCCCGGCCCUGAUCCGGACCCAGAGCUGAUGGACUCCAUCCAGCAGUCUGUCUCUGUUUCACCCCAUGGACGAUUUGAACGCCUCCAGGAAGAUCCCAACUACAUCUCCCACUUCACAAGGGCCCCGGGCCAUAAGGGUCAACGCAGACUGCACUGCUUCCUGCUCAGGUAUUUCCUGGCAGGGGUGGGCCUUUUUGUCCUCGGACUCCUAAUUGGCUGGUUUGCUCACACACCUACCGUCAAACCACCCGUUCCCCCAUCAGACAGCACAGACCUGCUCGAGGACUUGUUGAGAGGAAUCACUGCAGACAAGAUAAAUGCUCUCCAGAGGUCUUUCUCCAGCCAAUCAGAUGACAGCGAGGAAGCCAGAGCCAAGUACCUCUACAGGCAGUGGGUGGGACUCGGUUUGACUGAUGUCCAUCUAACCAAUCACACAGUUCUGCUCAGUCUGCCUGGCUCCACACCCAACACCAUCACUGACAGGUCCAGUCGCCAGUGUUUCCUGCCAAACGGGAAUUCCUGUGACCAGCGUGGACCCAACGACCUGCCCAAGCAGCAGUUCUCCUAUGCUGCCUACUCUGCCGUGGGGAGUGUGCAGGGGGAGGUGGUGGAUGUCCAAUAUGGGGGCGUGGAUGACCUGCGGAGAGCCAAAGACAGCCUGAACCUCACCAACCAGAUCGCUGCAGUCAAGCUUGGCCAAGCACCCCUGCUGUACAAGCUCUCUCUGCUGUCUCAGCUGGGGUUUGGAGGUGUUCUGCUGUAUAUUGACCCGUGUGAUGCUCCCCCCGGACGCCACACCUGGAACCAAGCCUUCAGAGUCACUCUCAACCCCGGAGGGAACCCUGCCAUUGCUGACGUGUCAAGAGAGGCUGGAGGAAGACUGACAUCUCUUUUGGUUCAGCCCAUAUCUGCCUUCCUGGCAAAGACGUUACUGUCAUCUCCUUCCACAGGACAGGGUGACUCCUGUGUGCCUCUGGCUAUGCCUCCCAACACAGAACGAAAGAAGAUUACCUUGACUGUUGGGAACCAGCUGUCCUACAAGAAAAUCUACAAUGUCGUGGGAUACCUGAAAGGAAGGAGGAACCCAGAUCGCUACGUGCUGGUUGGCAGUCGUCAUGACAGCGACCAGGGAGGUGGGGCUUCAGCUAUCAUGAAUCAGCUCAUCGCCGUGCUGACAGAUCAGUCCAAACGUGGCUGGGUGCCAGACCGGACAACCGUGUUCUGCUCUUGGGGAGGCUCUGCCCUGGGGAACAUCGGGUCCUUUGAGUGGGGAAAGGAUAACAGCGUUGUCCUGCAGAGCAGUGCUGUGGCCUACAUCAGUCUGAAUUCUCCCGUUAGAGGAACAGAAACUCUCAGAGCGACAGCUUCACCAACACUGCUGCAACUCACUUCAGAUAUACAGAGGAGACAGUUGCUGAGUUGCAUUCGUGGUGGAAACUGCCCUGGACCCAAUGUGAGCUCGCUGCAGUUGCCGGGAGAUGUGAACUUCUUCGCCAACCAACUUGCUGUUCCCACGAUGGAGUUUGCCUUUGAGCAGACUAAAGCAGAAGAGGCCACCAGUUUCCUGUCAGAAGCCCAGUUUUCUGCUGAGUCACCAGAGACUCUGGACCCACUUUUCAAGUUCCAUGAGACCAUAGCCAAGAUGACAGCAGAAGCCAUUCUCCGUCUGGUCAGUGAUCCUGUGCUGCCGUUCUACCCUCUGGACAUUGCCCUGGAUGUUCAAAACAAACUCAAAGACAAGAGCGUGGUAUCUCAGCCUCUGCUGUCAUCCGCCUCCUCCCUGAGAGACCACGCAGCUUUCUUUCAGUCUGAAACUAUGCGACCUGCAAAUGACCCCAAAGAACGCGACCCCUCCCACGUGCGGAUGCUGAAUGAUGUUCUCCGUGACCUGGAGAAGAGCUUCAUCAUCCCACAUACACCGCCUGGAGUCUACAGGAACCUGUUAUACAGCCUGCCAGGGAAGUCUCCUCAGUUUUCCAUCCUCAAGUUCACACAGGAAGCCGUCCUGCAUUGCAAUGUCUCCAGCAAAGCAGCCAAACACAACUCUGCAGACAAGGAAGUCCUCUGCCACAGCACCAUGAACCAGUCUCUGUCUCUCAUCCUCAGGGCCAUCCGCUCAGCGGAGAGGCUGGUGGGCUUUGGCUUGGACUUGUUUGAAAAUUACCCAAGUGAUGCAAAAUGA